AUGGAAACGCGGAAGGGACGCACAAGUAGUGACUUGAAGGGAGGGACAAAAAAAAGUGAAACGAAAAAAUGUUUUACAAAGCCGGGGGCAUCCUCCGUAGGGGUUAACCAAAAAAUGGGAAAAAAUUCAAACGGUGAAGAAAGCAAAAAGGGGAAACAUUUCCCAGAGAAGCAAAAUAGAAAUUGCAGCAAAAGUGAGAAAGUGGAAAAGGAGGCAAUGGAAAAAGCGACAACCGAUGUUGACAACAAUUUAGGUUAUAAAAAAUUAAGAAAAAAAUUGAACAAUUUAAAUUAUACAGGUUCCUUAUGCCUGUCCUGCACACCAUUAGUGCAAGUAAUUUUUGAUGAUCUGAUUCAGGCCAUUCAAAAUUUUCAAAAGUUGUCAGAUAAGUAUGAAGAUUCGCAGAGGAGAUACAAGGAGUUGGUAAAUGAGAAGAGAAAGAACAACCCUCAAUUGGAAGGGAAAGAGGGGGGGGAUUAUGGAGAGGGGGACGACAGGCCUGAUCAGGUAGGUGCUGGAGUUGUCCCUGAGGAGUCAAAGGAAACCACUCAGAAUGAGCAUAGUAUAUCCACAGCAUCCAAACAGUACGAGCGCAAAAUUUCAGAAUUGUGCAAACAAGUGGAGGAGGAAUGCAAGUUGAAGGAGACCUAUAUGAUGGAAAAUAAAAAGUUAAAGUUCACCUUGGAAAUGUUACAAAAUGAGAAGAAAGACAAAUUGGAUGAAUCUACAGAGGACAUAUCUGGUGAGGAGUUCUCUUCCUUUAACAACAGAACGAAAUCUUUUGACGAUUUUGAAAUUGAUAAAAUUAAGAAAAAGGAAAAAAAGUUAUGUCAAAUGGGAAGCAGCCUAAUUAAUGAGCACACCAUAUCGUUAGGAAAAGAAUUGUCCUACUAUAAGAAUUUAUGUAAAGAGUUCAAAGUGGAGAUAGAUCGCAUGCGGAAGGACAGCGAUGUAGAGCAUAAUAAUGACGGGCAGGAUGGGACGGAACCUCCCAUGAGGGGGGAACUCCUAAUAGAAGAGAAAAACACAGAAAUAAAGUACCUGAAGAAGCGAUUAAGUGAGUACGAAAUGGAAAUCAGAAAAUUGAACGAACUGAGGAUGAUCAACGAUAUUAAGGAGAAGAAGAAUUCCAACGGUGACGGGUCGGCAUGUGAAAGCGCUUCAAGUGAACUUCAAAACGGGGAGCACACCAUGUGCAACUUCGAUCCGGAUGAGGAUACCCUGAGUGGGGAUAUGCAGACGAGAAAUGGAGGAUCCAUAAGGAAGGACAGCAAUUUAAGUAAAAUUGUAAAAUCGAGAAACAGAGAAAUUUAUCACCUGAAAAAUAGGGUAAAACUGUUGGAGACGGAGCUUCAGAUGAAGAACGAGGAGGAGAAGUGUGGGAAGCUGAAUCUGGUGGGUGAUAACACAGGUGGUGAACUUGAAAAGGUUAUGACUUCCAUCCUGAGGGAUGAAAACCGAUUGGAUAAUUCCAGGGAGGAAGACGACGCUGUGACGAAGCGGAGAGAGCUUGAAAGAGAACUACAGGAAUUGCAAUCCGUUUUGGAAGAAUUGAAAGCAGAACUCAAGGAAGAAAAAAAAAGAAGCGAUAAGUAUGAAAAGAAAUACAAUGAGGAGAAGAGCGAAAUUGGCAUUCUGAAGGAUGAACUGAAAAAUUUAGAAAAACAAAUCAAAGUGAAGGAACGUGAAUUUAAUCUAAACAAGAAUACCAUAAAUAAUCUAAAAUUGGAGUCAGCCGAAUUUAAUAACAUCAUGUCUUUUUCGAACGAAACGAAGAAACAUCUGACGGAAUAUAUUCACAAUUUGCUAAACAAAUUGAGCGAAGCAAAUGACAAAAUUGACGAGCUGAAGGAUGGAAAUAUACUACAAAAGCAGAAAAUAGAAGUCUAUAAAAAUGAAAUAAAAAAGUUAAAGGAGGAUUUAAUAGAUUCCAGCAAUCAGAUAGACGAAUUCGCAUCCCUGUUGGAUAAAAAGGAUGAGGUUAUCCAAGGUUUUAAGGAGAAGCUAGAAAAUGUAAACAAACAGUAUGGAGACCUGACCAUACAAUAUAAUGAAGUGUUAAAGGAAAAUAAAAAUUUGCAGAUAACCAAUUCAUCUCAUAAUGCAAAUAGCACCUUAAUCAUUCAACAACUGCAGCAGGAAAUUCACAUGCUAAAUGUAACAAAUAGUCACUUGAAAAAAAUAGAGGAUGACUACAAAAUUAUUUUACAAGAAAAAACGAUAAUUGAAGAUGCAGCUAUAAAGAUCCAGUCGGAAUUGAAAAAGUCCGUUGAUAAAAUUAAAAAUUUGGAAACGUAUAUACAGACGCUGUCGGUGGAGAUAGCUAAUUUGAAGACACAAAGGGAUGAUUCGCUAGAUGCACUGACCAAAGUAGCCAUCGACAAAACGCAAUACGAAAAUGAAGUCAUACAAAGUAAGAGCAUCAUACACGAUUUGAGGAAGCAGCUUAGCGACUAUGAAAAUAAUGUCAAAUAUGUCCAAAAUAAUAUUUGCGAAAUAAAUAAAAUGCAUAUACAAAAGGAGGAACAAGAAAUUAUUUUAAAAAAUGAAAUAAAAUCUUUGAGGGAAAAUUUAAACGAAAAAACUAUAAAAUUGGAACUACUCCAGGAGAAGGAAAAUAAAUUCGAACAGAACACCAUGGCGUAUAAUGAAUUCCACAUGGAAGCGCAGAAAAAAUAUAACUCCUACGAAAAAAUGAUUCAGCGAUUGAAGAAAGAAAUCGACGAGUUGACCAUAAACAAUAAUGAUAAUAUUAUCAUUAUCGAAAAAUUGAAAAGCGAGUUGGACACUCAUCAGAGGAAUAACGUGUGCGAUUUUUCGAAGACGUUUCUUCGUAGCGCAGAGGAGUUGGUACGUGUUGGCGGGGUUGGUGAUUCUACCAAGGAUGUGCACAUAGACAGGGAGGUAUUUCCAAAUAGGCGCUCAGAGAGUGACCCCACAGGGGAGGAACGGAAGGAAAGAAAGAGCGGAAAAACGAUGGAGGAAUCCUACCAAAUGAACUGCACUAAUAAUGAGCACUCAAAAGAGGAAAACGAAAUGUAUGACUACGAUGACGACUUUACCAUCUUUAUCAAUUCGAAUAAAAACAGUUUUGGCAGAAAAUGUAAGAAUGGCACAGAGGACAGGGAAGAAAUAAGAAUAAGGGAGGAUGAGGAGGAUGGAAUUAUAGACAGCCUGAACGACCUGCUCGAUGAUCACGGGGUUAAUGAACUCAAUUUAACCGAUAAGAAGAUGAAGGACGAUACAAGCAACGUGAGUGAAAGCAACGAAAAUGAUCACUACGAUGAGAAGUUAGCUUCUGUGGGAAGAAACGAAAAAUCAGGGAAUGAUCAAAGGAUGAACGAACCCGAUAGUUCUUCCGACAGUUCUUCCAAUAGUAGAAGUUCUAAUAUGGAUUUCCUCUCCUUCAGUAAGAAGGAAAGAAGGAAGAAGAGUGCAACAAAGGGAGGCCCCAACCGGGGAAAUGAUCAGUCGACGGUCACACCGAAGGGGCUUACUUUGUCAGCUCUAAACAGUGUGAGUAAGAAUAAUAACGACGGUAAGAGAGGAAGUUGGAGGAAGGGAGGGAAGAGCUCCCACAUCGGUCGCGUCGGCAGUAGCAGCAGCAGAAGCAACAAAAGUAGAUACAGUAGAAGAAGCAGUAGAAGCAGCAGCCGUGCCACCGUGCCCAGGGACAAACUGCAUGACAACCUGGACGAGUACUGCGGGAGUGAGAACUCUUCGUCCUACCUGGGCAACCAUGACGUUUCUCUGUUUAAUAGCUCCAAGAUAAAAGACAUUUUCAAUUUGAAGUCGACCAAUAAGGGGGCUAAAAAUAGCAACUCCCCGGGUCAAAAUAAAUUUGUGAGGGGAACGUCCCAACUGAGAGGCGCAAAUAAAAACAACACAUACGACAUAAGUGGUCGUAAGGGUAAGAUGGACAAGACGAACAGGAAGGAAUCUUAUGAAGAUAUCCUGUUCGAUUUUAAGCGUGAUUGGUCUCUCAGGGAGGAUCAAUUUAGGGGGGAAGUCAUCAGUGGGGGAGGUGCAAAAAGUGGUCCAAAAAAAAACCCACCAAGUACAUAUCGUGGGGAUGACUCGGAAUUCCCGCCAUAUGAUAAGACAUAUCAGCAAAAGGACAAAACGAAUAAGAUAAAAAGUAAGCAAAAUGGAAAGGAUGAUUAUCGAAGUAAAUAUCCCGCGUACAACACGGACCAGGAUGAUGAGGCGGACAAUUACGUGGACGAAGAAGGAAGGGGCAAGGAUAGUAACGAUCGAAAAAAUCAAUUAAAAAAAUCGAAUUAUGAGACAAAAUUUUUAAAAAAUAGCGCAGAUUAUCCUUUGAGGAAGAAGACAUCAUCGCGAAAAAUGACUACACUGCAAAUGUCCAGCAGUAAGAACAAGCUUAAGGACUAUCCAAGUGGAAGUAAAAAAAAGAGUGACCUUGUUGAUUAUAAUUCGCAAAGGAGUACAGGAAGAUAUAAGGAAAGCAAUAGAGCAUCACAAAAAGUUGUUCACACACGUGGAAAAGCAAAAAAAGGAGACAAUGGCAAAGACCAUUAUAACGAUGACGAGGGGGAUAAAAGGAGUUACAAUUUUAUUUCUCAAACGAGUUACGAGGCUAAUAGUAACACUAGCAGCAUCCUGCUUGACUCAGUCAGUUCGGACUUUGCGCAGAGUAGCAGCGUAGACCAGUUUAACCAUUCCGGUAAGAAGAAACCAAAUGAGCCAUUAAAUUAUUUAAAUUUCAAAAAGGACUCAGAUUAUAACAACAUUUUGUACAGUUCGAACGAUUCGCAUAUUUUGAGUGGAGCCAAUAAGUUGGGAGGGCCAAUCUCUUAUGGGAAAAAUGGAAAGGUCGACAAAAUAGACAUGGUAAGAAAAACCAGUGAUAGCAGCCCUAAUGGGAAGAAAAAAGAGCUGUUAGGUAAGGAAGAGGGAGGAAACAAUUCCUACCGCAAUAUGAGCUCCCCCGUUGGAGAAAAAACUAAGAACAAAUUUGAGAAGGCACACAUGAAGGAGGUAGACGUGGAGAGUAACCCUAAAAAGGAACAAAUGAAUAAUAACCCCCCAAAUAAUCAAGACCUGUACAAUAAAUAUAUGGGCGUUUUGCAAAGUUUAAAAAGCGAAGAAAUGGACGCAUCUGUAAACACAACGAAUAAUGUAACCAUCGAUUUAACCAACGACUUUAGCAAAACGCAAGAGAAUUCCACCUCCAUUUUGUCGUCCUCCAAAACAUUGCAGAAGGAUAGCGUGUUUAGUAAUUUAUCCAAAUUUAAAUUUAAUGAAGAGUUGCACGAGUAUAACUGUGACCCCCUAACGAUUAUCAAACCGAUCGAGGAUUCAAACAAGGAGCCAUACUAA